UCUCAGUCAGAUUCAUUUUGUUAGGAUGGAAGAAGACCUGGAGUCCAGAGCUGUGAACAGGAGCAGCAAUAGUCCCACACUGGAGGAUUUGGGCCUCUCACACUCUGCUUUGGCUUAUGACAACAAGUUUGUGUGCUCUCCUCCUGGAAUGCUUAUGUUUGGAGAAAUAGUUUGUGGACUGCUUGUGUGGACUCUUCUAGGUGGAACUGAGUAUUUGCGGGUGCCAGCGCUGGGAUGGGUGAUGUUUGUGUCAGUGGUUUGCUGGGUGCUGACUGUCAGCCUUCUUUUACUCUACAUAACCAGUGCUCACUCAAAGAUACCCCAUAUCCCAUGGUCAACUCUGGGACUCUGCUUCAAUAGCAGUGCCACUGUUUUGUACAUGACAGCUGCAGUGAUUAAUGCUACAUCUGUACCACAAGCCAUUAAGGGGCGCUAUUACUACAUCUGCUGGAUUACUUCCACGGUAUUUGCCUUCUUAGUUGUGCUUUGUUAUGCAGCAAAUUCCUAUGUGAGCUACAAAUCCUGGAGAUCGAAAAGUGAUGAUGCCUAAACAAAAUGACUGGAAUCUCAUGUUUUACCAAAUGAUCUUUAACCAGAUGGCUUUUUAUGGGCUUUUUAAUAAACAUACACUUACCCAGCAAUUUUAAAUGGUUUGAUGGGUAUAAAGAAUCUUACAGUAUUUUUACCUGUAUUGUCUUUAAAAUAAGAUGUUUCUGUGCUGUGUACAUUUGAAUUGUUCUUUGAGUAUUUUUUUAUUAUUAUUAUUAUUAUUAUUUUAAUAGUGCACUAUUUUUGUACUAAUUAGGGGUAUUUGCUUAUAUAUUAAUUAGAAUGUGGGAAAAUGAUAAAUUGAUAAAAUCAUUUUUAUGUAUAUUUGUUGAAUAGGUACAAUGUGUUUCUGUAAAUUCCUGUUUCAAAUAAUACUGCAGAUGUAAUAAUGUACUGCAAUCAAUACAGCCUUUAAUCCAUACAACAAUUAAUGCAUAGAAAGUCUGAGUCUUCUGAUCUCUAAAUUCUGCUUAUUUCUGCUUGAAAUAUUUUAAACAACUGUUUACCUUUUUUCUAACCAUUUGCACAUUAUUCCUUUAUUUUGUUUGUUGAUAAGUCAAACAAGUACUCAAAAUGGGUACUCAAAAUGGGAACAUUUUGAGUACUUGUUUGUAAAGGGUUGCAAGUCAUGUCAACAGGCUAUUUGAAGAAGAAGAAGAAGAAGAAGAAGAAGAAGAAGAAGAAGAAGAAGAAGAAGAAGAAGAAGAAGAAGAAGAAGAAGAAGAAGAAGAAAUGCAUCAAUUCUCCACAGGAAAUUUUAAUGGCUUUAUACUUAAUGUAUUCAUUUGGCAGAUAUUUUUAUCUAAAAACUAGUUAAAUGUAAAUCAGAACACAAUACAGACAUUAAACUGAGCAUCUGAUGAUAAGGACCUUUUGCACAAGGGCCCUGCAGUGACCAUCUUGAAAUCCUGGGAUUUGAACUUAAUGUUGUCAAGCCGCGACUAGCCAGGAUUUUUAGUCCUACUCUUUUUAUACAUAUGGCAAGAGUCUAACACACAAGACUGAGGAGGAAUAAAGAUAUGGUUUGUCAGUGUAAACAGUGUGCAUGUCUGGCUGAUAAAGUUCUUUUGUUCUGUAGUAAUAAUGCAAUACCUAGUGCGCUUCUGCAAAAUUAGAAGGAAUCACAUUUAAAUACGUAACUGUUCUAUUAAAUA